CUCUCAACACCUGUCAAAAGCCACGUCCACCUUCCUAACCUUCUCCUCCCAGCUGCUUCAUCCUGUCGGUUUACCUACGAUAAUAUUUUCAUAGAGAGAGCGUUUGGUUCCUCUCGAAGAGACUCAGAAGUCGGUAGAGAGAGCGAGGCGCGAGGCAGGAAUCGUGACGCAGUCGGAGCUCGUCAUGGAGGAUACUCGACAAGAGAGGCAACGGCAAGAAGUGAUGGUGGUCGGCGUGGACGAGAGCGAGCUCAGCUUGUACGCUCUCCAGUGGACCCUCGACCGCUUCUUCGCUCCUUACGCUCCUCACUUCCCUUUCAAGCUCAUCGUCGUCCACGCCAAGCCCAGCCCCACCUCUGCUAUCAGCCUCGGCGAUCCCGGAGUAAUAGAGGUCUUGCCGAUAAUCGAUGCCGACUUGAAGAAAGUAGCUGCUUGGGUCACACAAAAGGCCAAGGACAUUUGUAACAGCAGAUCGGUUCACGAUGUAACUUUCCAAGUGAUGGAGGGCGAUGCUAGGAACGUUCUCUGUGAUGCCGUGGAAAAGCAUCAUGCUUCGGUACUAGUUGUUGGGAGUCGCGGCCAUGGAGCUAUAAAAAGGGCUGUUCUGGGCAGCGUCAGCGACUACUGCUCUCAUCACGCGCAUUGCACUGUGAUGAUCGUGAAGAGGCCAAAAAUUGAAGGCUAAAUCCUUCUGACGACAGCAGCUGCGUAGAUCAUAAAUCGUUAUGGAGUGUAUAGAUAUAAUGACAUCGACAAAUGAAUUUCCUCUGUCUGAUAGACUUGGUUGCAUUCAGCUCGUGCACGCCAGGUGACUAGACUUGCAAUGUAAUUACCAAGUUCUGUCUCUUCGUAGCCUAUAUGUUCUAAAGAUUGUUCAUUCA